CCAUUCCUCCACAGUUGAUUCUUUGGGAUGGUAUUGUCAUGCAAAUAAAGGACGCGUAAAAUAUUCCCCCAGAGCGCAGCGCAGGGCAGAGACUCACACGGACCGCGCGGAGGACACAGACCGGGCCAUACGGUGGAUUUGUAUCGUUUUCGUCGCUACGGACCCGUCCAUCUGUCACAGACACCCUGGCCACAUGAGCAGCGACAUAUAGCCAGGACGUGUAGCCAAGAAACAGGUCGGACCGUUCAAGGAAAACCUGCGGAGGCUGCCCUUUGGAGAUAUACUUCCAGUUUCCCCAAGUGAAGUCGGAGGUGUCUCUUCUCCAUCCCCUGCUAUAGGCUACCUGCUGCUGCUACAGAGGGGGAACUACAUCUAUAGAGACCCCUGGAUCGCUUGAGAGCACCCUUUUUAUGUUUUAGGGAUUCUAGGAUCUCUCAAAUAUUAACAUUUUUGCACACCACGUGUGUUAUUUCCUUUCUUGUCCUUUUUUGGAUAUAUACAGUGCUCCUUUUUUUCUGUUUUAGUACUUUAAAGUGCCUUAAUAACUGGUUAUAAUCCAGUGUAACUGUGGCAUUGUCACCAGACCAGAGACGCUCAACAGGGAGAAGACGAUCAUUAUCAGCUUUAGAGCCCAGGCGGGAUUACUGGUUCCCCACCCUCCAGCGAGCUGCAACCAUGAGCCAGGCGGAUGUGUCGACUUGCUCCGCGCCGCAGAGGGUUUUCCAGGAGGCGGUGAAGAAGGGCAACACCAAGGAGCUGCACUCGUUGCUGCAGAACAUGACAAACUGCGAGUUCAAUGUCAACUCCUUCGGGCCAGAAGGACAGACGGCCCUCCACCAGUCUGUCAUUGACGGCAACCUGGAGCUGGUAAAACUGCUGGUGAAGUUUGGUGCAGAUAUCCGGCUGGCCAACAGGGAAGGGUGGAGCGCUUUACACAUCGCCGCCUUCGGGGGCCACCAAGACAUUGUUCUAUACCUCAUCACCAAGGCCAAGUACUCCUCUGGCGCCCGGUGAUCUGUCUCUGCUGUCAGGUAAAAUAAGAAAAAUAACAAAUCAACAAGUGGAAAAAAUAAAACUGCAACACACGGGAAAGCCAGGCUCUUGUAAAAGCAAAAACAAAAAAACAAAAAAAAAAAAACUGCCAUUAUCUACAUAGUUGUGCCAAAUUCUAUAGAAAAUGAAAAUUAAAAAAAAAAAAGGCCUGCACAAUAAUCUUCCCUCAUUGUAAACCAAACGGGGCCCUCUGUGCACUCCUGAGUGAAGCACCACAUGGUUCAUACACAGCGCUUCAACACGAAUCUUUAACAAAAGAAAAAACGCCAUUUCGGUGAGUUUUGUUGGUACUAAAGCUUUCCUCUUGAAUGUGUAUACUAGAUCUUUUUCGUCCACUAUAAAAGAAGCCAGUGUCUGUGUAUCACAUGUGUGUGUGAGUCUGUGUGUGUGUUUGUACUCCAGAGUGCAGAUGGCCCAGUUUUUUUUUUCUUUCCUCUCCUCUCCUCUCUCUUCCCUAUCCAUGACCUCCCAUCCCCAGUACAGUUGAAUAGUUUCUUUGUGGGAGGGGGAGGUGAGGGAGGGCAGCAGAUCUGACCUGUUGCUCCUCAUUGUUCACUUGUAAAACCCCUUUUUAAGUUAUUUUAUAUGAAACACGGCACUUGAUGCUACAUGGCUGCAUGCUGGAAUAUCUGAAAGGGAAGACACAUGAACAAGAGAAGAAGGGUUGCCCUCUGUUGGCUACCAGAGGUCUUUAAUUUGAUCCAUUUUUUUUUUAAUAUUAUUAUUUUAUUUUUUUUACUCAAAGAGCGGCAUUAUGGCUAUCCAACACGCUUUCAGAUGUGUAAUCAUUAUGUAACAACAACUGACUCCAUCAUUGUUGUGAAGUACUGUACACAAUAGCUUUACUUUUGUUUCUGUUUUUUUUUUUUUUUUUUUUUU